AUGUUAGUUUUGCUUCUUUCCACCCUUUUAUGGCACUCGGUAACGGCCUCCUUUUCAUAUUCUGGUUGUUAUUCCAACACCGGUGUCUCUCUUGCCUUUAAGAACACUUACCCAAGUUCUCCAGUCGAUCAGUGCUCUGCUCUCUGUAGCGAUUAUAAAUACUUAGGGAUUAUUGAUGGCAAAAAUUGUUAUUGUGGCGAUUCUCAACCUCUCAGCAACUCAGUCUCCGAUGCCAAUUGUAAUUCCAAUUGUACAGAAAGUAGUCCUUAUUGUGGCGGAACAGGUUAUUAUGCAGUUUAUGCUAACCAGGAUUUAGUUCUGUCAAGUUUAUCUUCUUCUUCGUCAUCAUUUUCAUCAACUUCCUCGGAAUCCAGCAGUUCCUUGAGCUCCUCCAAUUCCGCAAGUUCCACGGGCCCAUCAACAAUUACAAUUUCUCCAAGCUCGUCACUGUCUUAUGCCCUUGUCACCGGAUCAAUUUAUAACUCCUCCUCCUUUGUGGUCUCGUCUACCUAUGUUAACACAAGCACUUCUUCCAUCCUGAGCUUAUCGCAUUCUCACCGUUCCGCAACUACUUCCCUUUCCAGUGACCAAACGGUUCUUACCUCUGACUCUGAGUACGUGGAAAAUGGUGUUACCAUUACCUCUGCAGUACUCCUCACUACACAAAAAGGCUCCGAUGUUGAACUCACUCGUACUGCUGAUAAUGUAGUUUCUUCAUCAGUAACCUUGGUUUCUCAAAGCAAAUCUGCCGGUAUGCGCAGUCAGGUAGCGGGUGGGGUAGUUGGUGGUACUGCUGGUAUCUCAAUGAUUUGUUUCCUUGUCUGGUACUAUACUAGAAGAGUUAAACAAAAGGAUGAAGAAGAAAAACAACGUAAUUUGGCUACUAUUGCUGCAACAAUGGCAUCCAAGAACCUCACCGAUUUGUCACAUCUGGGAACCGUUCAUGGCAAAGUAAACUCUUCUGCCAAUCCUUUCAGCCCACGUAGUGGCACCAUAAUGUCAAAACCUUCGACAAAACGUGGUCUCGCAGCAGCCGAUGAUGAAUUCAAUUUUAUGGGAGGUCAAGGAAUAAUGAGAAUGGGGUCUACCGGUCGGGAAAGCACCGUGAUCCCAAUGAGAAUGGGAUCCACGGGUCACGAGGAUGAUCAUAAUAGUUAUGGUGAAUCCACCCUUGGUUCUUUCACAUCCGCCUCUUCUGAUGGGUAUUAUGCUCAAAAAAUGGCUACUGCAAAUGCUGUUGGUGGUCAACUUAGUAGAAAUACUAGUUCGGCAACCGCUAGCACUGCUCGUUACUCAUUUGCAUCUUUUGAAAGUAGAGGAAUAAUAGUUGACGAUGAAAUUGCAGAAUCAAUAGAUGCUGGAAGGGAUGAUGGAUCAAUAAUGGAAGAUUAUCAACCUCAAGGAUUUGGCUUAACAAUCGCUAAUCCGGAUAAUGAGAGCGAUAGUGAUGACGAGCAUGGGCAACAAGAAGAAGAGCAUAAUGGUAGGUUGAGAGUGCUAUUCUAA